AUGAGUCAUUUUGCUAGAUUAGUUGAACUUUUAAAUGAAAAUGCAAAAAAUUAAUAAAAUUAAGAAUUCAAUCAAUUAGUACAAAUCCUCAUUUAAUUUUAAUUCCCUAUACAUACAUAUUAGAUGAUUUGUAAUUCUUUCUCCUUAUUAAUUGCUAAAACAGGAAAUGAAUAAAUUAAAUAAAUUGUAGAAAUUUUAUUGUAAUAUAUAAAUAAGAAAGGAUCAUAAAAAAGUAUUGCUUUAACUUUACUUGUUACAUUAAUAUAACUAACUAAACAUGAAAUUCAAUCAUUCUCAUAUACACUAACAUAAGACAUUACUACUACUUUAAUGAAGUUACUUAAAAACUCUGAUUAUCGUUUACUUCUAUGUAAUGUCUUAAAAUUCUUAAUUGAAUAACAUAAAAAUGAAAUUCUUAAAAUUUCUUUAAAAUUUGCACUAAAUGAAAAAUUGGAAAUUCUCCAACAAGCAGGUAUGUAAACUCUUAUUCAUUUAAUGGAAGAAGAUGUUAUAUCAGAGUAAAUGUAUAUAAUAGCAUAUAAAUCAGAUGAAUCACCAUUAUUUUAUAAAUAUUUUGCUAGAUACUUAUUCUAAUAAUAAAAUAUAGUAGCUUUAACAAAAAAGGAUAAAUUGAAAUCAUAAGUUUAACUUUAACCUAGAGAAUAAGCAUAAAAAGUAUUUUAGUUAUUUGAUGAAAAUUUAUCUAAAUUUCCUUCAAAUAUUGUUGGAAAUAUAUUUAUAUCUUAUAAAAAGUAAUUUUGUAAUUAUAUUUAGAUAUUUAUAACAUGAAUUCAAAAAAUUAGGACUUUCAAUUGUCAGAGGAUCUUUUGAAAUAUCUUGUUCAUAUUUAGGAAGUAUGGCAUUAGAUGAUCCAUAUCUUCAUAUAGUUUAUAAAAAGUAUAGUUUUAUCUUAAAUAUUAGAUCAGUUAAUUUAUGUUUAUUUAUGGUUUAAUUAGUUCCAUUGAAUGAAAGAAAAGAUUUAUUAGAAUAUUUUUUUGAUAAGAUAUCAAAGACUAAAAGCUAAAAGUGGAAUGUGUAUAUUUAUAAAUUGCUUUUAAAAGGAAUGAAUUUUUUAUUUGAUACAUUAGGUUCAAAUGUUUUUGAUGAUAAAAGAUCAAAACCAUCUGAAUUCAUAGAUAUUCUUACACCUAUCUUUAAAAUAAAUGAUAUUUUAUAGCAUCCAAUGAGUAUAGAUAAACCAAUAUGUGUUAGUGUUAGUAGAAAUUUAUUCAAUACUUUUGAAUCACUUUUUUAAGAAAAUAAAAAAUGGUAGUAAAGUAUUUUAUCUGCUUUACUUAAUUAUGCCAAAAUAACAUUGGCAGAACUUAAUGUAAAAGAAACUAAUUAAUUAAUAAAUUAACUUAGAGUUUAAUGUGCUUUGCUUUCUAAAUUAUUCUCUUUAUUAGAUUUAUAAUUACAUUCAAUAUCAAGUGAAUUAAUAAAUCAUUUAUGGGAUACUGCCAAAUCUUUUUUAGAUAAAUCAUCAUAACUAAGAAGAAUUGGAUGGAUUAUAAUUGCUGAAUUAUUGAUGGUACCAUAUUUUGGAAGUACUAAUAAAGUAAAGGAAAUCGGAAUAUUAAUUGAAAAAAACUUAACUUCUAAGGAAGAAAUCAAAGAUGAAUAAUAAUUAAUAAGUUAUUGUAGUGUUGGUUUGGUUAUUAUUUCAAUUCUCACUAGUACUACAUUAUCAAAAUAAAUUAAGGAUACUACAAGAAAGUUUUUAGCUUAAUAAACUAUUUUAAUGUUUUCUAGAAUAUAACAAUGCAAAUUUGAUAAGUAAUCCCCAUUUGUGAUAUCAUCUAAAUAUAUCUUUUAUUAAUCAAUUCGACAAAUCUUACCAAAAUACUAUUCGAAUGAAUUAAAUUCACUUGUUUAGUUUUGUCUUGAAGAUAUAAUAAAUGGAAACUCUAUUUGGAAUUCUGUAAAUGUUCAUAAAAAUAAUCAUUAUGUUGAUGAACUAUUAGGUAUACCUAGAUCUGAAUUUCAAUUAAUUUUAGCAGCUAGUAAAUUUUUAGGUCAUAUUAUAUCUUCACAAUCAUUUACUCUGAAAAAUAAAAUCAAUUUUAUUAGAUAUGUAAAUGGUACUCUAUAAACAUAAGUAGUAAACAUUAAAGAAGUUUAAUAAAAAUAAUCAAAAUAAUAAUGUUACUUAUUUUGUCUUUAUUAAAUUGCACUUAAAAUUUAUUAAGCAAAUACACUUGUAUCUUAAGAAUUUAAUGAACAAAUAUUUUAGGUUAUUAAUCUAUGUUAAUGUGUGGAUAAUUAAAUCUAAUAAUUAUGUGCCCAUCUUUAUUGUGCUAUGUUAUAAAUCAAAGAUGUAGAUCAAGUUGAAUAAUUAAACUAGUUGUUAUCUUAAAAGUCUUAAGCUAAUUACACGUAUUUAGUUUUAGAAAUUCUUAAGAAAAAGUUAACUGGAGUUUAAUUAUAAGUUUAGAAUCUACUUAUGAAAGUAUUGUCAUAAAUGACAACUGAUGUAGCUAAAGUUAUUUAACUUUUCUAAUAGAUUGACCCAAGUUUGCUCAAAAAUGUUUGGGUAUUUCUUGUAUUUUCAAUAAGUUAAAGUGAAAAGCCUAUAUAAAUAAGCUAAUUUAAAAUUUUAUCUGGAAUUAUUUUAAAUUAUGUAAGAAAUGGUGGAGUAAAAGAUAAUUAUUUUAAUAUAAUAUAUCAAGAAUGUAGAUGUAGACUUUAAUCAAAACAAUUUUAAAUUUUAUAAUUAGAUUUUGCAUUAGAAUAAGAUACAGAAUAAACAGUAACAAAAGCAAUUAAUUUAUUAUUAAAGAAGCCUUCCUUGAAAAUUGCUGUCUUUUUAGAUUAAUUAACUGAUAAGUACAAUAUGCCUUCUUUAGUUUAACCAAUCUUAUUUGUUUUAAAUAAUUUAUUUUCUAAUCAGAGAGUUCAUUCCACAAAGGAUGAAAUGGAACUUCGAAAUUUAAUGAAAAAUAUUUUCAUUAAGGUUUAUAACCAACCUAUUGCAGAGCUUCUUCAACUAUUAUAACCUUAUAUUUUAGAUGAAGUGAUACCUGAAUCGUAAGAUAGAAUACCAAUCCAUAUAAAAACUAGAAUAUUUCUUUUAAAGAGAUUGUAAAAGUUAUUUAAACAAUGUGAGACAUCUAAUUAAGUAUUUGAUUUUCUUUUCAAAAUUACAACUUCGAUAUAUGAAGAAGCAAAAGAAAUUUCAUUUGAUAUGUUUUAACACUUUUUCUACAAGGAGAAAGACUUAUUAAGUUUUGCAGCUUAAAUUGAUUCAAUAUUAUGUGAUACUAUUAGAAGAGAAAACUAAAACCCUCCUUCAGUAAAUUUAACUAAUAUGAAACUUAUGUGCAAAUUUGCAAAGAUUGUACAAGAUGAAGUUCUAGCAAUAAAAUUAAUUCAACUCUUAUCAAAACCAUUGUUAACUGAAGGUAGAAAGAAAUUAGUGCCUAGCUAAUUUUUUAGUGAAAAAUCAUAACUAAAUAUUUUAAUUUAAAGAAUAGUAUCUUUGGGAAGUAUAUAUAGAAAAAUACCAAAUUAUUUUGAUUAAUCUCUUAUAGAGUAAUUGAAAUGUUAUGUAGAAGAAUUAUUGGAAGAUUUAUUUAUAAUCUUAUGUACACCAAGAUCUAAUGUAAGGGAAUAUUAAUCAUAUAAUUUUGUUUAUAAUGGUAAAAAAUAUAGUUAUGAUUAAACAUUUCUUCAUUAAUCAUUACCAAAAUUAUUAAGAAUUUCAAAUCUUGAUAAACCAAUCCAUUUUACAUUAAUUGGUUAUAUUAUUACAUAAUAUGUAAAUUAAUAAUUUAUUAUUAUUAGGGAGCAUUUGAGUAAAAUGAGAAUAUGUUUAAAAAGACCAUUGAAAGUCUGACUAAAGAAAGAAUACUACAAGCUAAAGCUUAUAGAAUAAAAGGAAUAUAAUUACUGACUGAAGUUAUUAAUAAAAAUCCUCAAAACCCAUUAUUAAUAAGUGGAGUUUAAAGUUUAUUACCAAUAAUAUCAGCAGAAGCUCCAUAUUCUUUAGUUGUUUGCUAACAUUUUUACUAAACAAUUAUUCAUCAUUAAAUUGAUUUUUAAUCAAUUACUGAACCAUUAAUUUAAAUUUAUUAAUUAACAGUCGAUUAGAAUUUAAAGUUAAAUUGUUUAGCAUCAUUAUUAAAAAUAUCUUAACAAAAUUACUAGACUUUAGAUUAAAUUAGUACAAUAUUUUGGGAUUUUUUGUAAACAUAAGAGUUUGAUUUUAUGAGAUGCACUCAAUUAAUACAAUUUUAUAAAGAGAAAAUUCAUUGUGUAAAAUUUAGUGGGUAUAUUUAAAUAAUUUUAUAAUAAAUCUCUAAUUCUUAAAAAAUUAGAUAAGAAGAUUAUUAUUUAUUAUUCAAUUUAGAGGGUUUAAUUAAUAAUAAUUAAGAUAAUUAAAUCUACUAUUAAUUAAUUGACAGUAAGAACAUUUUUAUUAUUUAAUAGAGCAUUUUACUAAUCUAGUAUCGAUUGCUUUAGCCAUAUUAAAAUAAAUUAAAUAGAAUGUUUAAGGAAUUUUAAAUUGCUUACUUCCGGCAAUAUAUAGUAAGAUCUAGAAUAAGGAAAGUGAUUCAUAUAUAUUAGUAGGAAAGUUUUUGUUGCUUAGUUAUUUAUUGAGCAAUUAAAAAUAACUUUUAUUUUAGAGUAUUUUCAGAAUUAUGGAUCUUUUCACAGAUGAAACUUUGGAUUCUUCAAUUGUUGAAGCUUCAAAAUAAAAUCUUAAAAUAAUAAUAAUGAAUACUUAAAUGAAUUAAUUAUAAUUACCAGAAGAUCUAUCUAUAAAAAUACAAAGUAUUUAAGAUGAUAUUUAAAAGGAAAUGUAUUUAUAAUAUAUUUAAGUAAUAGUUAAGAAAAAUAAUAGAGAGAAGCCAAAUAAAGAUAAUAAUCAUAAUCUGGUUAAAUAGUUCUAAAGAUGUUUGGAUGA